UUCUUGCUUCUCUAUACUGGACAUCAGUUAUAUAGCAUCGGGUUUGGGAGAACAAAUGCUUACUCAUAAGCUUCGUUUAGAUCAACCAAAUAUUGGGAAGAAAAAUCUUAUUUGAAAGUUGAGUUAGAUAAACUAUUCCAAAAGCUAAUCACACUUGAUGACAAGAAAGAUAAUAUCUACUUUGUAGAAGUGCAGUACUCUUAGAUUCCUAGUGCUUGUGAAAGGUGUGGAGCACUUGGUCACAAAGAGAAAAGGUGUCUACUUCCGCCUAAGGCACAUGAUUAUGUUCCUAUUACAAAGAAACCAGGCCACAAGUGAAGAGAUCUCAAUGGUGAACAUUGUUCAGCUGUUGCAAAACUCGUCCACAACUCUAGUGGGUCAUCUGGAGACAGGCUUGUGCUCACUCUCCCCCCAUCAUGCGCAAGGGACUCUUCAAAAGUUCUCUGUCACUAUGCCUUCCGAGAUUACAAUUGCUAACCCAUUCACACAUUUGCACAAGAUACAUUCUACCCCUUGUUCACAGAUUGAUAACACUUUGCCUAUGUUAACAGCCGCAAAAGCUGUCUGAUUCCGUCACUUACUAUGGAAAGACACUACAUCACAAUCUAUCAUUUUGGAAGACUUUCGUUCUUCUGAAACUGAGAAACCAAUUGAUCGUCAACAAUUUUAAAUGGAUCCCGGGAACCCGCUUACUUAUGGGAAAGGUAUAUUGAUGGUGAUUGGAUAGUUUUCUAGUUAUCCUUUUACUAGCAGAGGAAAGACAAUAAAACCAACACAAAAGAUUAAAGAUAUGGAGUGGACUGUGGACACAUACUAGGGGAAAAGGUAAACAAGGUCGUUCUGGAUCGAUGGAACCAUAAUCAGGACCAAAAUCUGAUUUGGACUAAAUGGACCAAAAAAUAAUCUAGAACAUACAAAAAAAAUCUGUAUGGACCAAAGGGUGUAAAAUGACCAUUUUAAGUUCAAUGUUGACCAUUAGAUCAAAUUAUCUAUUUUAUAAUCUGAACCCUCCAAUUUCUCCCUUAAAAUCGGAUCUCUCUCUCUCUCUCUUUCACCUGGGUCCCACCGAAAUUUAAUCCAUUUUCUUCUUCUUCAUUUCAGUUCAACUACACGAUUAAAUUCACUCCUUUCACCAACCAAAAUUCUCUUCUUCAAUUCUUCAUCUACAAACCCUUAACUCUGUUUCUUAAGGUUUUUCUACAGCUUAUGACGCUUUAAAACAUCACAUGUACGACGUCCUUGGUUCAGAAAUCUUUAGGAACUAUGGAUAGUAGUGGAGCUGUGGUGAUACAUUUUGAUCAUGGUGGAGACCGGCAUAUUUCUACAUUAGUGAUAAAAGGAAGAUAUGAGGAGAUUACUUAUUCUCACUUGGUUGAUAGAAUAUGCAAGAAAAUGAAUAUCGAUGUAGCUGCGACAAAGCUUCAACUGAGUUACUUUCCUCUGGUCGUGGAUAAUAAGAGGCCUUGUUAUAUUUUGGAUGAUGAAGAUGUUUUAGGAUAUUUAAUGGAGGUAGACAAGAAAAACCGGCGUAGUGUCUUGCAUGUGGAGCUUUCCGAAAUCAUCUUAGAAAAUCAGAGUAACGAGCAUUUUUCUAUGAAUGAGGAAAUUCUGAGUGAUGCCAUAGCUAAUUAUGGUAUGGUUGAAGUUGAGGAGUUGGCAAUUGUUCCUCAAAAACAAUCAGAUGGGUACGACCAUGAGAAAAGCAAUGGAGAGGGUGAUGAAAUGGAUGAUAGGGAGGAGUUGGCAGCUGUUACACCAGUUGAAGAAACAGUUGUCAAUGUUGAGUGGGAUGAUGGUAUUGAUAUGAGUAUGGAUCAAGAAUUUGCAACUAAGAAGGAAGUGAGGGAUUUAGUGGACAGAGGAGUGCAUUCGAAUUGUUUUGAGGUUGAUAUAUUGAAGUCGAAUCAUGUUCUUUACGUAUUGAAAUGUCGUGGGGUUGGAUGCAGAUGGUAUUUACGAGCUGCAAAGCUGAAAAACUCGGCAUUUUUCACUAUCAGAAAGUAUAGAAAGAUCGAUGCAUACGUGUUCUCGGGGAGAGGGAAGUAUAAUCAAGAGGGGGAAAGAGGCACACCAAGCUUGGUCGCAUCAGUGGUGCACGCUGAUUAUCCAGGCCAAUUCAAGACUCCAGAUCCAAAUACUAUCAUAAAUUUGGUGAAGAACAAACUAGGAGUCAAGGUUUCAUAUUCUACGGCUUUGAGAGGGAAACACCAAGCUGUCAGUGAUCUGCGUGGUAACCCUGAGGAGAGUUUUGCUAGACUGCCAUCUUACUUGUACAUGUUAGAAAAGAUGAAUGAUACCAUUACACGAUUAGUAGUGGAUGAGACUAAUCAGUUUAAGUAUAUGUUCUUUGCGCUCGGAGCUUGCUAUAAACAUCAGAUUUAGCUGAGAAUUGUCCAUAUGUCGCGUAUUCUGGAGCCAUAUAUCCACUGCAUUAACCAAGUCACAUUAAAUGGGAAUGUUUAUGGAAUAACCAUAGCAAUCCAUUCUUGGCUGAAAAGGGUCAUAUUCUUGUAUGAUUCUAUAACGUUCGGAUUAGGGUUGAUAGUCAAUGGCGAAAGCUCUAGUUUGCCGAAAGUCGAGUGAUUGGUGUAACGGAGAUUGCAUAAAACGUCAUUGGCUUCUGCAGUGACCCACGAGAAAGUUUCCUUUUGGUGAGGACACUUGGAUUUUGUGUCGUCAAUGACAUGCUUGAGGCAUGUCUUACAAGCUUGGGCCUCGUAGCCUCUUCUGCAUAAGGCGACAACGUGGACUCUAUUGUUUCUGGAUACGCUGCCAAGUGAUGCGUUGUAGAAACCGUCGUUAUUGACGACGUUAGAAGGAAGAGAAGAUAAGAGGUUGUCUCGGUUGAUGCCGUAGUUACUGGUGAAAAAGUCGCCGUAGCAAAUGAAACUGGCGUGAACAUAUUUUAGGGUUUGAAAGAAGAGAAUAAAAAACAAGAAGGAAGUAGUCAUAACCCAACUCUUUCUCAGUUACUCAAACCAAUAGGGUUGAGAAAUGAAUAUGUAAUUCAUUAUAGGCGACACACAUGGCUAAUUUAUAAACAUUUUGUGUGUGGUUAUCUUAUAUAUAUAUAUAUAUAUUUUUUUUUUUUGUCAUCAAGCUAUACAGACUUAUACUGACUUUGUAAACCAAACCGGUUUAAAUAAAAAUAUUUGUUGUUGUUCUUAACAAUAUCUCAAAAUAUUUCUUCUCUAUUAUGUAGGUCCAAUUUAAUUUAACUUCCAUAUAUAAAUUUCAAAUUUAGAAAUAAAACCAGAAAUUAUGCUGGUAAGU